AUGACCCCGAAUCCAGAAAAACAAAGCGUAUUUGACGAGACUUCUGGCUGUAUUCUGGAAGGAGGCGACGUUGAAGCGCAAGAUGCAGACACGUACGCUUACGUGUGGAAAACGAGUGGCGUUUGCUCAGGGUCCAGUGGACUGCUUCAUUACGCGCAGAUUCACCACGUGGAUACUCUGGAAAGGUCGACAGCAUUUGAGGUGGAGGGUGUAGCCGCGUACUCGACAACGAGAGGGUCAAUGCAGGCGUUGAUAACCACGACAGCUUCACCCAUGUGGCGGAUCACAGAUACAGCAGACAUCCCAGUCUCCUUUUAUCCGUCCCACGUGCCUUCAGCCAGCGACGUAGAAAAGUACAAGAUCAAGGAAAACUUGGUCAAGGAUAUCGGUUCGAAGUGGAAGAUUGCCGUUGGUGGGAGCUACUACUUCAAUGGCAAAGCUGCACAGAAGUAUGCGUCGCUUUGCCUUAUGGCUGCAGAUCCAUCGGUGGCCGGUACGGAUCCCGAUUCAGAAAUAAAUCUGGAUCACUGUCUUACCAAGCUGAAAUCCUUUCUCGCUCCGUUCGUGACCAACUCCUGGAAGUACGCGCUGAAGUAUGACACCGUGUACGGAGGAAUUUUGAGCUCCCAGGGUUUUGUUCUUAAUGACGUCAACGCCGAUUUCGGUAACACAAUGUACAACGACCACCACUACCAUUGUGGCUACUGGAUCGUGACCGCUGCAAUCAUGAACAAACUCGCGCCUACAUGGUCCGGAAUAGCGGAACUGAAUCGCAUAGCGAGCUUUCUAGUGCGCGAUGUGGCGAAUCCAUCGUGGAGAGACCCUUACUUUACGAAAUUCCGCAGCUUUGACUGGUUCCGUGGCCAUUCGUACUCGGACGGCGUUUUAUCGUUUGCAGAUGGGAAGGAUCAAGAGAGUUCGUCGGAGGAUAUGAACUUUCACUAUGGGAUGGCGUUGUUCGGACAGGUGGCAGGAGACGAGGAGCUCGCAACGAUUGGUCGACUGAUGGUGAAGCUGAACGUGAGAGCUAUUCAGACGGCUUACAGACGCGAAUCGCGCUCAGCCUGCAAUAAGUACGCGAUUCACGGAAUUCAGAUGAUCCCGGUAUCGCCUGUGACGGAGUUCAUGCGCACACACGAGUUUGUGAGAGAAGAAUGGGACCAAGUUCUCUCGAAGAUUCCAGACAUUGUUAACGACAAUCUGCGUAACCCGUGGUUGUCGCUGCUAUAUGUGAACUAUGCCACGGUGAACAAGACGCUCGCGCUGAAAAAGCUUGAGAAAUAG